CACACACACAGAUAUCCAGUCUCUCUGUAUUUGUCUCCUCCGUCUCUUUCACAAGCUCUCACAUUGUCUCUGUUAUGGCAAUGGAGGAUGGAAUGGAGACUCUGACUAAAAGCGCUGUGCGCAUCAAAACAGUGAAAGAGAUAGGAGAGAGAAAAAGCAAAAGCAAGCAGAGCUGGUAAUAGUAGCGGCAAUCAGCAAACUAAAGCUUUACCUUCAGACUUUUGCAGACUAGAGAGAGAGAGAAAUUGAAAUUUAUCAACAAGAACUGACCUCUGUCUGAACGGUUCACCUAUUUGCUCGAGCUACUCAAUUAUCUUCUUCUUUGCUCGAGCUACUCACUGAUAUAACUGAUAGAGAGAAAGAGAGAGAGAGAGAUAUCUGUUCUCUCGUAAAAAGCUCAAUCUCAGGUUUCCGCUCUUCAGGAAUCCCUAGAUCCGGAUUCUGAACAGAUUGAUUAUUCCUUCUGAUGAUCAUCAACGAGUAGAGAGAUGGAAAAGCUUCGUGAGGGAAAGACACUUCCAAGGCAGUUACCUUUGGUACGCCAAGGCUCAAUUGCACGUAUAAACUCUGUUAAACUUGGUAGGAUUGAAUCCGAUUCAAAAAACUAUGAACUCAUGGAUUUCCAUGCGCCGGUUCGAAUGUGGAAAGGAAAAAACUCGCUGGAGGAGGAUGAUGAUGAUGAUGAAGACGAUCUCAUGUCUGAUAUUUUAGUAUACAAGAAGAGUAAAGAGGAGGAGGAUUUUCCUAGUUCAUUCUCUGGCGCCAGCCAUCCUUUAGAACCGGUUGAUACAGUUCUCAUGAGUCCAGUUUAUGUUCCAAUUAGUCAACAGAACAAAUCAGAUGCAAAAUGCUUGAUAAAGGGUCUCCCUCUGAAAGGUCCUUUCCUAGAAGAUCUUUCACUGCGAGUUCCUCCUGGACCUGGUACAGAGAGCAUUGAAGAAGAAGAGGAAGAAGAUGGACGAAAUAUUGAUAACAGUCAUCCGGAUUCUGAAGACAAGGAAUGUAUUUGGGAUGCUUCUCUACCUCCGAGUCCUCAUAGCAGCAUUGAUAGUAUUGGAGUUAGGGCUAUGAGCAUCGCCAAUAGCUGCGCCAGUACAUACAGGAGCGAUGGGGUUACGAGUGAUGGUAUGCUCAGUUUAGAUAGAAACUUCGAGUGUAUGAAAAGAGGAAGAGGAGGAGGAGGGAGUGGCAUUGGAGAUUCACUUGAGAGUGGGAAAACCAGUCUGAGUCGUGCUAGUGAUAGCAGUGGCCUUAGUGAUGAUAGUAACUGGAGUAGCAUAACUGGAGGUGCUAAUAAGCCACAUAAAGGAAACGAUCCUAGAUGGAAGGCUAUAAUGGCCAUCCGAUGUCGGGAUGGAAUUUUAGGGAUGCAUCAUUUUAAACUUCUCAAGCCACUUGGUUGUGGCGAUAUUGGUAAAGUCUACCUUUCGGAAUUGAGUGGUACUCGCUGUUUUUUUGCGAUGAAAGUUAUGGAUAAAUCUUCCCUUGCUAGUAGGAAGAAGCUCACCAGAGCUCAAACCGAAAGAGAGAUAUUGCAGUUACUUGACCAUCCUUUUUUACCCACUUUGUAUACUCACUUUGAGACUGACAGGUUUUCCUGUUUAGUUAUGGAGUAUUGUCCAGGUGGGGAUCUCCAUACCCUCAGGCAACGGCAGCCUGGGAAACACUUCUCCGAAUAUGCAGCUCGGUUUUAUGCUGCUGAGGUUCUUCUAGCGCUUGAAUACCUUCACAUGUUAGGAGUGAUAUACAGGGACCUAAAACCGGAAAAUGUCCUUGUAAGAGACGAUGGGCAUAUAAUGCUAUCGGACUUUGACCUUUCACUAAGGUGUGCAGUUUCCCCGACCCUAGUUAGAACCUCACAUAUCGGGGAUCCAUCCAAACGAGGCUUAAGUGGUGGUGCAUUCUGUGUCCAGCCGGUAGUAUGCAUGGAGCCAACAUCAGCCUGUAUUCAGCCAUCAUGCUUCAUUCCAAAAGUCUUUUCUCUGAAAAACAAGAACAAAACUCGAAAGACAAAGAUGGAGGCAGGAAUGAUGUACGGAAACACACUCCCGGAACUAGUGGCAGAACCAACCGCAGCCCGAUCAAUGUCUUUCGUGGGGACCCACGAGUAUCUAGCACCCGAAAUAAUAAAAGGAGAAGGACACGGAAGCGCGGUUGAUUGGUGGACGUUUGGUAUUUUCCUGCACGAACUCCUUUUCGGAAAAACACCGUUUAAAGGGUCAGGGAAUAGGGCCACACUGUUUAACGUCGUGGGACAACAACUUAAAUUCCCCGAGUCUCCAGCCACGAGUUACGCCAGCCGAGACCUGAUAAGAGGGUUACUGGUAAAGGAGCCGCAAAACAGACUCGGUGUGAAAAGGGGAGCUACUGAAAUAAAGCAGCACCCUUUUUUCGAAGGUGUGAAUUGGGCGCUUAUCAGAUGUAGUACACCUCCGGAGAUACCAAGGCCGGUUGAAUAUGAAUCGCCGGUGAGACAGUUUGGACCGCUCGAUGAUGCCUUUGUUGGCGGAAGUAAAAGGGUGACUAGUAACAGUAAUACUGCUCCUGCUGCUACUAGUGCGGUAACUAGUGCUACUAAUACAGGAAGUGAAAUGAAACCUGGAGGUAAAUAUCUGGAUUUCGAGUUCUUUUAAAUUUUUACCAUAGGGUGGGUGAUUGUGUUAUUAAUAUAUAUGUAUUCAUCUUCUUCUUUCAUUUCAUGUUUCACCUUGACAUUUUCUAUUGUAGUAGGUAAGAUGAAAAUGUUUUUUUUUUAGCUUUUAAUCAAAACAUCCUUGACAUUUUGGGGUGA